UAUUGGUUGAACAAGUGCCUGGUAUUACAGUAGAUUAUGAAAACGGCCUUAUCGCCCCCGCCCUCUAUAUGUAGCAACGACGGAGGGCGGGGAGCGCUCGCACCUUUCCUCCCCCCCUCCCCGAGCACAACCUUCAACAUGAAGAUGAAGAUGCGAGGCUUGACGUUAACCCUGGUGGUGUACAUCCUUCUGGUCAGCCUCGUGUACAGCGUGGAUGGGAAGGAGGUGUUCACCAACAGCUUCUACGUCAAGAUCCAACCAGACCACGGACAUCCCAAUCCCGUAGAAAUAGCGCACACUAUUGCUAAAAGAAACGGAUUCCAUAGUGUAGGCCAGGUUCUGAGUUCGAACCAUGAGUUCCAUUUUGUGCACGAGGGUGUGCCAAAGGUUCGAAGUAAACGAAGUCUAGUCCACACCAGGAAACUCAAGCAAGAUCCUCUGGUUCAUCAAGUUUUCCAGCAGACUGGGUUUAAGCGAGUUAAAAGAUGGGGUGCAGGACGAGACCUGAUGAAUAAGAUGAGAGCAGAAGCUGAGGGAAAAUCUGCCUGGAACCAACUCCAACAAUCCUUAGAACAGGAGGUUGACCCUGCUAUCGUCCAUGACGAAAACUAUUUUGAAAAACUUCAAAAUUUAAUGAAGAGUCAGCAAGAGAAAAGGGGUUACGAUGAAUUAAAGGUUGAGAAUUUGGUAGAAGAUAUUCAACCUUUGGAAGAUCCAACAGAUCCACUUUUCACCUUUCAGUGGCCGGACUAUUUGCAAUUCGAGCUUAGCUCUGGGUCCAUAUGCGAACUGAAGGGAGUUCUGUGUAUAGAAAACACUGGACAGAAUGGAGGACAAAAAAACACUGGACAGAAUGGAGGAAAAGCAAGAUUAGAUCUGAACGUUGAAGCUGCAUGGGCUCAGGGUGUAACUGGGAAGAACGUAACAACAGCUAUUAUGGACGAUGGUGUAGAUUAUAUGCACCCUGACCUUUAUAACAACUAUAAUGCCCGAGCUAGCUACGACUUCAGUAGUAACGAUCCCUACCCGUUCCCCCGGUAUACAGACGAUUGGUUUAACAGCCAUGGAACUCGUUGUGCAGGAGAAGUUGCUGCAUCACGAGAUAAUAAUGUUUGUGGUGUAGGAGUAGCUUACGAUUCUAUGGUUGCAGGUAUACGUAUGUUGGAUCAACCCUAUAUGACCGAUCUGAUCGAAGCUAACUCAAUGGGUCAUAAACCUGAUCUUAUUGAUAUAUACUCAGCUAGCUGGGGUCCAACCGACGAUGGAAGAACAGUUGAUGGUCCCAGGAAUGCAACUAUGAGAGCAAUAGUUAGAGGAGUAAAUGAGGGUAGGCGAGGACUAGGGAAUAUCUAUGUGUGGGCUAGUGGAGAUGGUGGAGAAGAUGACGACUGCAACUGUGACGGGUAUGCUGCUUCUAUGUGGACAAUAUCUAUAAAUUCAGCAAUUAACACAGGAGAGAAUGCUCACUACGACGAGAGCUGUUCUUCAACUCUUGCUUCUACAUUUAGUAACGGGGCAAAGGAUCCAAACACCGGGGUUGCCACAACAGAUCUUUAUGGCAAAUGUACUAAAACCCAUUCAGGAACAUCAGCUGCAGCUCCUGAGGCUGCUGGUGUAUUUGCUCUGGCUCUCGAAGCAAACCGUAUGUUAACCUGGAGGGACAUGCAGCAUCUAACUGUCCUCACCUCAAAACGGAAUUCAUUGUUUGACGCGAAGAACCGGUUUUACUGGAAUAUGAACGGUGUCGGACUUGAAUUUAAUCAUCUGUUUGGGUUCGGAGUACUUGAUGCCGGAGCAAUGGUGGCACUAGCCAAGGAAUGGAAAACUGUUCCAGCAAGAUACCAUUGUGAUGCUGGUACUGCCCAUGGUGUACGCCAGAUACCCAGUAACAAACCUCUUUUCCUCACAAUAGAAACAGACAGCUGCUCCGGCUCUGAUACAGAGGUGAACUAUCUUGAGCAUGUACAAGCUGUGAUAACACUUAACUCAACACGAAGAGGAUCUGUACAACUAUUCCUAAGAUCACCAAUGGGAACAAGAUCAAUGAUUCUAUCUGAACGAAUUAAUGACGACGACAGCCAAGAUGGAUUUACAAAAUGGCCGUUCAUGACAACACACACGUGGGCGGAAAAUCCAAGGGGAAAAUGGACUCUUGAGAUCGAGUUCGUUAAAGGAGAGAAGCAAGAUGGAUUUAUAAAGGAGUGGACACUACUUCUCCAUGGAACCAGGGAUGCUCCCUACACCAAUCUUCCAGUAACAGAUCCACAUUCUAAGUUGGCAGUAGUAAAGAAAGCGCAUGAAGACAGAAAGAAGAUGUAAAUAGGACAAACUCUACCAACUUCACCAACACCAACAUCAACUAUUAGAACCAAAUUAAUUGGAACAUGAUGAAGCCUGGAUGCUAGCUUUAGAUAUUUAGAAAAAAUUGGCAAUCUUUUUAUCAUCAAAGUAUCAUCCUUAACAUAUCAGUUUCUUAAGUUCGAUCAGAAUUUCAAUUUCAGCAAUUUUUCUCAUCCUUAGUAUAUCUUAUUAUAUUGUUGUAAAUGUAUAAAGUAUUUUAUUGCAAAACAGUACCUUAAUCCCAAAACUGGUUUUCGAUUAUUAAAGCAUGCAAGUGUUGAUCAUCUAUCAGUUUUGUCUGAGACAUCUCAUAUCCUCCUCAUGAUUUGUCUGCCUAGUGUAGUGUAUGUUGUAGAAUGUAACAUGGUCAGGUUGGUCCCUGAGGUUUGUGGCUUCUAAACUGGUUUACAGUAGUACCUGCCUCUCAGCACUAGUUGACAAGUGCUGACGCCAUGUGUCAGAUUUGUCAACUACUGGUGCAGCGUGUUCAGAACCGGUUCUGCUGCUCAGUGCCGCAGUUGCAAGCUUGAACCACACGGACCAUGCGAAGCAAGCAUUAUAUUUGUAUACAAUGCUCAGCUGACAGUCAACUGGAGUUUAGAUUUUUAAAAAAAUUGUAUAAAACCAGCAGGGCAGGGGGAUUCUUUAUUUUUUUGAGACAUUUACCUAAAUUCUAUCAACAUCGGAAUUCUUUUGUUCCAUCUCGGGUUAACGUCUCCUGAUUUGUUCUCUCCCAUAUAUCUCUCUAUUUGUAAGAUAGAUUUGCUAGCCUGUGCACAAACAUUAUGUAUUCUUCAAUCAUAAAACAUUUGUGCACACAAUAAUAAUUUAUUUAGGAAAAAAAAGAUGGAUUCUAUUGGCUAUUUUCACAUUUUUAAAUAAAAUUUACCACCA